AGGCGAUCGAGGGAAGCCGGGGAAAACAGAGGGGAGCCCCAAGGAGGAGGACCUUCGCCAUGGCCUCGGUCAAGGUGGCCGUCAGGGUCCGGCCCAUCAACCGCAGGGAGAAGGAUCUUGAUGCUAAGUUUAUAAUUUCAAUGGAGAAAAAUAAAACGGCAAUUACAAACAUUAAGAUUCCUGAUGGAGGAACUGGAGAUAUGGGAAGAGAACGGAUUAAAACAUUUACAUAUGAUUUCUCCUACUUCUCAGCUGAUGUUAAAAGUCCAAACUAUGCAUCUCAGGAAAUGGUGUUCAAGAAUCUUGGCACUGAAGUCCUCAAAUCUGCUUUCGAGGGUUAUAAUGCUUGCAUUUUUGCAUAUGGACAGACUGGAUCUGGGAAGUCAUAUACAAUGAUGGGAAAUGCUGGGGAUGCCGGGUUAAUCCCUCGGAUUUGUGAAGGAUUAUUCAAUAGAAUAAAUGAGAAAACAAGAUGGAAUGAAGCCUCGUUUCGAACAGAAGUCAGUUACCUGGAAAUUUACAAUGAGCGUGUCCGGGACCUGUUGAGGCGCAAGUCUUCAAAAACAAAUAACUUAAGAAUCCGUGAACAUCCAAAAGAUGGGCCUUAUGUGGAAGAUUUGUCUAAGCAUUUAGUACAAAAUUAUACUGAUGUAGAAGAACUUAUGGAAGCAGGAAACAUAAAUCGGACUACUGCAGCAACUGGAAUGAAUGAUGUUAGCAGCAGAUCCCAUGCUAUUUUCACAGUCAACUUCACACAGGCCAAGUUUGAUGCUGAAAUGCCAUGUGAGACUGUGAGCAAAAUACAUUUGGUAGAUCUUGCUGGAAGUGAGAGAGCAGAUGCCACUGGUGCUACAGGUGUCAGAUUAAAAGAAGGAGGGAAUAUUAACAAAUCCCUGGUUACACUUGGAAAUGUUAUUUCUGCCUUAGCUGAUUUAUCUCAGGAUGCCUCAAACCCUCUUACCAAGAAGAAGCAAGUAUUUGUGCCUUACAGAGAUUCUGUUUUGACAUGGCUUUUGAAAGACAGCCUAGGAGGAAACUCUAAAACAAUAAUGAUUGCAACUAUUUCACCUGCUGAUAUCAAUUAUGGAGAAACCUUAAGCACCCUUCGUUAUGCAAACCGAGCUAAAAACAUAAUCAACAAGCCUACUAUUAACGAAGAUCCAAAUGUCAAGCUAAUUCGUGAGCUUCGAGCAGAGAUAGCCCGAUUGAAAACUCUGCUUGCUCAGGGGAAUCAGAUUGCACUUCUGGAUUCUCCAACAGCAUUAAGUAUGGAAGAAAAACUUCAGCAAAAUGAAGCAAGAGUUCAAGAGCUUACCAAAGAGUGGACCAACAAGUGGAAUGAAACACAAAAUAUUCUAAAAGAACAGACCUUGGCUCUGAGAAAAGAAGGCAUUGGCGUUGUGUUAGACUCUGAGCUUCCGCACCUAAUAGGAAUUGAUGAUGAUCUUCUUAGCACGGGUAUCAUCUUGUAUCACUUGAAGGAGGGUAAAACACAUGUUGGUAGAGAAGACGCCGCAACAGAACAGGAUAUUGUACUUCAUGGCCUCGACUUGGAAAGUGAGCAUUGCAUCUUUGAACACUUGAAUGGAACAGUUAAUUUAAUACCACUCAGUGGAGCACAGUGUUCUGUAAAUGGAAUUCAGAUUGCAGAAGCGACACAACUCAACCAAGGUGCUGUAAUAUUACUUGGGAGAACAAAUAUGUUUCGCUUCAAUCAUCCCAAGGAAGCAGCCAAACUGAGGGAAAAAAGAAAGAGUGGACUACUUUCUUCCUUCAGUUUGUCCAUGUCAGAUCUUUCAAAAUCUUGUGAAAAUCUCUCAGCGGUCAUGCUGUAUAAUCCUGGCCUUUUCCCUGUAAAAGGACCAAUCUGUCUCAGAUUGGAAUUUGAGAGACAACAACGAGAGGAACUUGAAAAACUAGAAAGUAAAAGAAAGCUGAUCGAAGAAAUGGAAGAAAAACAGAAAUCUAACAAAGCUGAACUGGAAAGAAUGCAACAAGAAGUGGAGUCUCAGCGUAAGGAAACAGAAAUAGUUCAGCUGCAAAUCAGAAAACAAGAGGAAAAUCUUAAAAGGAAAAGCUUUCAUAUAGAAAGCAGGAUGAAAGACUUGUUGGCAGAAAAGGAAAAAUUUGAAGAAGAGAGAUUACGCGAACAGCAAGAAAUAGAACUUCAAAAAAAGAAACAAGAAGAAGAAUUUUUUUCUAGAGUUAAAGAAGAACUUCAGCGACUACAAGAACUCAAUCAGAAUGAGAAAGCAGAGAAAAUGCAGAUUUUCCGAGAACUUGAAAAGCUUAAAAAUGAAAAAGAAGAACAGUAUGUCAAAUUAGAACUGGAAAAAAAGAGGUUGGAGGAACAGGAAAGAGAUCAGGUACUACUGGUGGCAAAUUUAGAAGAACAGCUUAGAGACAAACAGGUUAUGAUACAGCUGCUACUCAAAAGAGGAGAUGUGCAAAGAGUUGAAGAUGAAAAGAAGGACCUUGAAGACAUCAAAGAGUCUCUUUUGCGAGUCAAAGAAGCCAGAUCCGAAGGAGAUGAAGACUGUGAAGAGUUAGAAAAGAUACAGCAUAACUUCAUGGAUUUCAAGCAAAAACAGCUAGAACGGCUAACUAGUUUAGAGAGAGACUUGGUUCAACAAAGGGAUCAUCUAGAAAAAGAGAUAGCUGAUGAAUGUGAAGAUUUGGAUCAUUUAAAACACUCAUAUACACAGCACUUACAUCUUGAGAAAAAUGAUGGAAGCAUACAGGACACUGCAUUAAUAGUUGAAGAAUGUAACAGAAUAAAAUCAGUUGAGUAUAGGCUGCAGCAUAAAGAACAGCAGCUACUGUAUCUGACUAAUAAUCCUUUACCAGCUUUAUUGGAAGAAAAGCAAAGGGCCUGUGAAGUACUUGACAGAGGCUGGCAAAGCUUGGACAAUACUCUCUAUGAAGUUGAGAGAGAGUUAGAAGAAAAGGAGGAACAACUUGCACAGUAUAGGGCCAGUGCCAGCCAGCUACAGCAGCUUCAAGAAACAUUUGAAUUCACUGCCAAUGUAGCUCGACAAGAAGAAAAAGUUAGGAAAAAGGAAAAAGAAAUUCUUGAAUCAAGACAGAAACAGCAGCGAGAGGCACUGGAGCAAGCAGUGGCAAAGAUAGAAAGGCGACACUCUGCUUUACAGCGUCAUUCUACAAUAGAGAUUGAGGAGCAAAAACAGAAACUUGCGACUUUGAACAGCAGUUGCAGUGAACAGGCAGGCUUGCAAGCUACUCUGGAGGCAGAACAAAAAGCAUUGGAACAAGACCGAGAACAUUUGGAUUUACAAAUACAGCAAUUGAAGCAGACGAUAUAUGAAGGGGGUGGAGUUGAAAAAGGGUACCCUGGACCCAUAGAUGAGAGACUUCCUCCCACAUGUAAUGUUACAAAAUCUCAAUCCCACUUCAUUCCAUUGGUGGAUGACAGAAUAAAUGCUUUCAUUGAAGAAGAGGUUCAGAGACGCCUUCAAAACAUUCACUGUAGUUCUGAUGAGAACAAUAGUAGGCUGUUGCAUUCUGAAGACCUUACAAAGAAUAAUGAGAAAUGUUGUAAUGGUACUGUUCAACGCAAAUUAAAGUAUGAGAGAAGACAGCACGGGUUGCCCAUUUAUGGCUUUUUCGCAGUAUGUAAUGCUGACGACCCUUUUCAUAACCUGGGUGAUGAAGAUGCAAGAAUAGAGGUCAUCAGUGAGCAGGAGAAAUAUAUAGGCACAUUUAAUCCUUACUGGAGGAGAGUCCUGCCAUUCCACAUGAGUCAAGAAAAUACAAAUAAAUACUGGUUCAAAAAGGAAUACAUCAGAAUUCUGUGUAAUAGGAAAAAUGAAUCAAAUCAAACCAGAAUCAUAAAGAACAAGAAAAACUGCUCUAAAGACUGUACAAAAUGGCUUCUUCAAACCCAUGAUGGAUAUAGGAUUACUCAUUUGUCAGAUCAAAAAGCAGAACUCCAUCAUUCUGGAAAUACAAGUCUACCUGCUCCUUCUUGGGAAUGCUGCACCACAGGAACAGAACCUGAUUGUUCCCAAGCCCACCAUGCACCUUUCUCUGAACUUUUAGCCUCUGCUAGACAUCAGUCUGGUGCUUGCUGUUCUCUUUCUUUCAGAAAAUAUUGUAAUGAAAUUCCUCAAGUUUCUGAACAGAUUCCAAGUCAGCAGUUGGAUGAAAGGGCUAUAAAGUCCAGCCAGCAACAUCUCUCAGAUUCAGAUGUGGCAACAAAACACAUUUACAGCCUGGGACAUCUUUUCACCAAAUUCUCCAGUUUAUGCAAUGAUGCUAAUAGCCAUUUAUUUAAGAGUAGCUGGUUUUCUAAUUCUGUCAAAGAUCUAACCAGCUUGUGUGAAAAAAAUGGAAAGUACACAUGGAUGACAUCACUUGUUAAAAGCUUUCCAUUUGUUAAGAAAAUAGAGUUAGGUAUGUUUUUAGGCAAGGAGGUUGUUGCCUCUCACAAUGCCAGGACCAUCUCAGAAAAUCAUUUGGGAAAAAAUGAUGCCGUGGAGUUCUUGUGCUCAAAUAUCUCAAGUGAUCUGUGUAGAACUGAUCACACUCAGGGACCUAGUAAUUGCAGAAAUGAAAAAGUGGUGCUUAGGCAAAAUUUUGUAUCCUUCUCAGAUGUGCUUCUGAAAUUGCAGCUAUAUCCUUGGAAUGAACUACUUCAGCAUCUGAUCUGCAUCUUCCCAGAAAUAUGUGCCAAACCCAAUGAGUUGAAAGGAAUAUACUGGAUUGCUGUGGGAAACUAUAAAAAACCAGGUCCUGAGCCUGCAUGCCUAGUUUUACUUGGUUCUCUUUUGUAUGCCAUCAUUUCUUCACCCAGUCAACUGGAGUGCAGUCAGGACUCUCUGGAAAUUUUUCAUAUUCUCCCAGUCACUAUAUUAACUGAAAUCCAAAUUGGUUAUGCUGGACAGCACAUGAGCCUUUUGUGUUCCAAUGCAGAAAAUGGAAUAAAACUAUUUACCUAUAACAAAUAUUUCACCCAAAGAAUAUCCCAUGAUAUACUUAGCAUCUUGAUUUCCUCAUCAGAUUAUGCUUGCUUAAAUCAUCCACUAUUAAAUGGUGAUUUGUUAAAACUUUCACUUGAUUGGAAUUCAGGACUCACUGACUUAGUUUUUGAAAAUGGCAUGCAUCUGUCAUGCAAUUUUGAGAAAAAUUUAGCUGAUCUGAUUUACUUACUCCAUGAGAACAUGGAAAUCAACAAACCCCCUUUAGGAGAAGUUCAGCUAAUACUCUAUACAGCAGUGAAGCUGGAGGAUGAAAUCAGAUCACUCAUCCUCACGAAUACUCAUAUAGGUCUUGUACAGGAGUACUAUGGCCCUCAACUGCUGUAUUCCUUCGCUGAUCACAUGCAGUUUGACAAAAUUCAGAUGCGUUGUUUAAAUGAGCUGAGGUUUGUGAGUGUCUCAGAGAAAGACAAUCAAAUAAAAAUUGACCUUGCAUUUUUUCAAGAAAGUAAGGUUGGCAGUGAAUCAGGCACGAGUUGGUCUUGCAUGUCACAAAGAGAAAAGAAUGUCUCAGUGAGAUGUGUUUCAUCCUUUUAUAAUAUCCAUCCUAGCACUCCAUUGGAUAUGUGGAAAUUGACAUUCAGUUCAAAUGAAGAUGCCAUUACGCUCAUGCUGCAUUUGACAGGAUAGUUGAUAUGAAUGCACUUUACACUUUAAGUACAAUAAUCAAGCUCUGGUACUUGGGGAAAAUAUGCAAAUAAUCCCUAAAUAUGUCAGUGUGCUUUCAGAUAUUUCUCAGAUGAGACAGAUAUUCAGUUUUAGAGAAACAGGUUUGCAUUUGAAGGAAAACUGUUUUGUCAGAAUUAUUUUUAAAUGUUGGUGUUAAGUGUUAGCAUUAGUUCCUUAAGGCAGAGGAAGAGAGAUUCCUGUUCUCAGGCUCUCUGGAACCACAUGAUGAAAUUUUUAUUAGCCUUCUCAGAUGUGCAGCUAUUUCAUGGGAGAAAAAAAAAAAACCUGACUUCUGAAUACAUAUAUGAGGUAAUUUAAAUUCAGAAUACUUUCAUGUUUGGGAAAACAGGGCUUGAAGUUUGAGUCUGUAUCCAUUUUGAUUAUUAAGAUUUGUUCUUCUGUGUUAGUUUGCCAACCUGCAGAAUAUUUGCCAUUGUUAGUACAUAGCUUGCUUUUUAAUGUACAAAUCCCAAGGUGCGUACUGGGAUAAAAAUAAAGAAAAACUUCAUACACUUUUCAGAUAUUAUGUGUUUCUGUAUUCCAAAUUGGUGCUAGUAAACCACAGUAAGAAUCUUUUAAAAAGCAAAUUUUGAAUACAUUUUCAAAGUAAAUGAAUGACUAAAUAAAUUUGGGCAUCAGGACAGAAUUUUGUGAAUUUUCCAUGGGGGAGACAGCUAUUAGCAGAAACAAUGAGGGUUUCUGUUCUAAAAUUAGUCCAUGUAUUAAAGAGAAAAUUGUUUUGAAAUUUAUUUGCCUAUUACUUGUCAGAAAAUUUCCAUAUUUUCAUACACUUAAAUCUACCGUGAAACAAUCACUUUUUAAAUAUCAAAAUUAUAAUAUCAAGCUAGAUACAUUGAGUCAAGCUAGAACAGUAUCGUACAAAUUCUUGCAGGAAAACCUCAUUUUAUAAUGUUGACUUUGCAUAAUUACAGGGAAUAAAAAACUCAUACCACACGCAUGCAUACACAUCUAUCAAUUUAAUUUGCUUCACUAAAAAUCAGUUCAGCUGCUGAUUGCUCAGGUCUUUCCAGUUGCUCACAAUCAUUAUUUUUUUUUCAAACAGUGCCAUCAUACAGAUUAGCUUUUUACUUGACAAAAUACUUCCAAAGAACACAAGGGGACUUGGACUAGAUAUGCGAACGAUGUGGGGGGGCAGGAAGAAAUAUCAUUGGGGGCAGUGGCUUCUGUAUUUUCCUUCCUAAAGAUAUAGCACACUAAAACCUUUCAAACAUAUUCGGAGGUAACUGUGUUGGCCAUGCAGCAAAAUACAACAAAAUCUAAAAUUCACUAAAGAGUGAUACCUUUAUUAGCCAACUGAAAUGCACAAAGUACAUCAUGUAAGCUUUCGAAACUCCACUGACUUACUCAUCAGGCAAAAAUCUUUUUAAAAAAGCAUACAGGAGGAGAAUAGGAAUGAUGAUAGAAUUACAGACCUACAUUUUAUAUUAGAUAUUGCUUCUGUUGUAGUUAGGCUGUUCUGGAGGGAUCUGAAUGCAUUCAAAGCCCCAAUCCCCCUUCUUGGCCAGGUGGGGACAAGGGACAAAGGGCAAUAAAAGAUAGGUACUAAAAUUUCAACUUUAUUACAAACAGAAAAGUAACUUCCCUUGUGAUCCAAGUUGUCCCUGUCCUGUGCAAAGCUAACUGCUCUUUUCUUAGACAUAAAUAUUGAAUUCCUCAGGAAGUCCUUGUAUUGGUGCAUCUGUAAAAAUGUUGAGGUGCUGUAUGGAUAAAACUUGCUAGUAGUCCAGAUGAAAGAGUUUUACUUUUGCUAGAGGUAAACAGCUCAAAAAGUUAAGUCACAGUCCAUUAGAUCUCUCUUCUUAAAGUUUCCCUUGUUACAGUAAAAAUUGUUAUCUUCAAAUCCAGGAAACAUAUUUAGAGAUACCCAUGUUGACCAUCAGCAAAAUACAACAAAAUUCAAGAUCCCCUAAGUUUGCCUAAGAACUACUCCUCCUAACCGCUCCUUUCUUAGGCAGAGACCCUUUUAUGGAUUUUGAAUUUUGAGUAUUUUGCUCUCUCCCUACAGAUGUACACACAGAGAGAGAGACUCUCCCUUCCCUCUCCAAAUUGUGCCCAAUGUCAAGAAACUAAACAAUUAGAAGCUCAGUUCAUACAAACCUAUCUUCUUAAGCCCAUGAAGUUCAAAAUGGCCAUUUGGCGGAGGCAUUUGAUAAAGAUCUUGGAAAUAUCUAAUUGUAUUAGAAAAGUACACAUGCAUUCUAACACUGACAGUACUGUACUAGCAAAAUGGAAUUGUCACGUGCUGCAGAGUCUAUAAGAUGAAUCAGUGGAUUCAAAUUACAAGAAAAGAGAUUCCCAUCUUAAUAGCAGGAAAAAAUUCUGAUAGUAAGAGCUGAUUGACAGUGGAAUAGACUCUCAAGGGUUGUGAAGUUUCCUUUUGAGAUCUAUGAACAGAAGGUAGAUGCCUACCUCUCAGGAGUGCUUUAGUUGUGAAUUCUUGCAAAAUGGUGCGCAUGGACUACCGUAUCUACUCGAUUAUAAGUCAAGAGAUUUAUGCCCCCAAAUUGACCCUAAAAUCCCGGGUUGACUUAUGUAUGGGUCAAUACACUAAUACUGUUUUAAAAUGUCCUGAAACAAGCACAGCCUGAUGCCCCACUCUUCAUGCCUUGAGACAGGAGGCUGUGUGUGUGUGUGUGUGUGUGUGUGUAAGAGGUUCCCAAUCUGAUUUGUAAGCCAUUCCAUUCCAUCAAAGAAAUACCCCAUUUAGCUCCACGUCUGUCCCUCCCCAGUCCGAUUUGUAAACCGUCUCUUCACAUCAAAAAAAUCCCCCCCCGAUUUAGCUCUACUUCUAUCCCUCCCCAGUCCGAUUUGUAAGCCAUCUCUUCCCCUCCAAGAAACUCCCCAUUUAGCUCUACUUCUGUCCCUCCCCAAUCCAAUUUGAAAGCCUGCACUUCCCAUCCAAGAAAAAACCCCUUUAGCUCCAUUUCCUUCCCUUCCCAAUCCAGUGUUAAAACCUUCUCCAGCACCAGGGAAGUGGUGUUAGGUGGUUGAGAGAAGGAGGGAGGGAAGUAGUGUUUU